AUGGCAAGAGACAAACCGGAGUCGUUGAAGGUUGAGGUGCUACCACCAUCGAUUUUAACUCACCCUACCACAUUCACUCAUUUGAAUACCCCCAAACAGAUGCAUGUAAAUGAUACCCUUACCGACAAGAUCUACAAUGAUUGGGCUCAAGAGAUGAAAAAUUUUCUCUUUGCCAAAAAUAAGAUUGGAUUCAUUGACGGGACGAUCAGCAGACCGGAAGCAAAGUCAAAGAUCUACAUGAAAUGGAUGCGUUGUGAUUCCAUGAUAAAAGGAUGGUUGACCACCGCCAUGGACAAGGACAUCAGAUCUAGUGUGAAAUACGCAAACACAACCAACCAAAUCUACAGUGAUCUUGAUAGAGGUUUGGAAAAGAAAGUGCGCCCAGAGCCUACGAACUAA